UGUUUUACUGUUCAUCCUGUAUCAAAUUUUUUUAAUUCUCUUCUGCAACGUCCCACUCUCUCUUUCCUUCGUUCUUUUCUCUCUCUUCAGACCCUCAACCUUCUAGUCACCGUCUUCUCUCCCUCGUUCGUCCCUCCUCUGUCCCGUGAACUGGUUGGAUUCUCCCGUCUUCUUCCAGGCCAGGCCAAACGGUAACUCUUCCCAGCUUACGAGGAUUUUGCUGGGAGCUGGAAUCAUACCCAGCGUACGAGGAUUUUGCUAUCCUCCCCUUCUUUGCUCUGUUUUUCCCCUCUGUUCGACUUUUCCUCGAUAGACUCAUCUUCGAGUAGCAGUUGAUCCAGCUGAUGUGAAUGCAAUAGCAACGACUGUUAAGAGAGCUCUUGCAACCUAUGGCACCCAUGCCUUGAAAGAGAUGAUCCAGAAUUGAAUGGCCCAAGAUCUUUCAUGGAAUUAAUGGCCGACAAAUUGAUGGACUUUUUUAGAUACCCAUUUUGGUGCUUCUUUUUAUAUAUGUCGUUAUUUUAGCGCCCCCCUCCCUCCCUCCCUUCCUCUUUUACUUUUCAUGCUUCAAGUUUUGAAUAUCUUUCUUGUAUUCUCUACUGAACUUAGUUUCUUUAAUUCAAUUCCUACUUUCCAAACAGUACGCAACCCACUUCUUCAUGUGUGCGAGCAGGAGAGAUAGCUUUAUGACCCACGGGGCUUUUUGUGAUGCAUUAGCCGAAGAAAACAACAAAGUAAACCAGGAACUAAUCAACAACGAUGGAUCAAACAUUCAGGCACAGAUGCCUGAGCUCAUGUCAUCUAUGCCCAUGAAUAUGACCACUAAUACAUCCCUUAAUGGAGCAUCCAACUUCAACAAUUCAGACCACAAGAACCAGCUCAAAUCCCUCUCUCAAGAUCCAGUACUCUCAAUGCCUAUGAACAUGACAGGAGGCAUGUUCUCAACCAGUUCUGGUACUCUCUUUGGUGGUCCAAGAACCUCCUCUUCUUCAAGCCUUCAGCUCAGUUCCAACAGCUCCUCUGGGGCCUUCCAUCACCUUCUAGAAAGUAAAAAGGGGUGCCAAAUAUUCGGUUCUGCUCACAUGUCAGCAACAGCCUUGUUGCAAAAAGCAGCCCAAAUAGGAGCCACGGGAAGCAAUAGUACUAUAAACUCUCCCAUGAUACACAAGAGCUUUGCUGGUAGCAUGGUUGGUCAUGAUCACCAGCAUUCUUCUUCCAGUAGACCACCAUACACAAGUGUCAUCCAGCAGCAUAGCACUGCAUAUGAUUACUUAAAAAGACUAGUGCAUGAUACUGAAUGCAUAGGACUACCAAAGGAGUAUGAGAAAGUCCACCAAAGGUAACUGACCAACACAACGGACGAAAGGGCAAUGGGAAAAACUUGGUCGUUGAUUAUCCAUUAUACUUUUCCUUUCACUUCCUGGGUAUCUGACAUUUCUUCAACUCCAAGAUACUCAUACUUGUGCAGAAGUUGAAAGAGAAAAAGGUAGCUGAGAUGCAGGAUAGAUUCAAAGGAGCUGGCUAUUAACGUUAAAGUAGUAGUGGAGAUCAUUGUGCAUAGAGCUUGCCACCUUGGCGAGUAUCGUGAAAAGAGAAGUACUCACCACUGCGAAGAGCACCAUGGGAGGCAAAGUGCUUGCUCUCGGAAUAAGCAUCAUAUAGAUCAAAAGUGCUUGCUACUGGGAAGAGCAUCAUGGGAGGUAAAGUAGUCGUUACCUCGACGAGUGCCCUGAUGAAGUACAAUGCCCCUCACAUGAAGAGCAUGAAACUCGUCAUAUUGACUCGUGAAGAGGGAAAGUGGUAGCCUCAAAGCGAGCACCAUGGAGCAUCGUUGGACAGAAAAGUGCUCCACCCAAGUGAGCAUCACAUGAGAAAAAGUGCUACACACCUCGGCAAGAACCAGGGGAGGCAAAUUGCUCCCCACCUUAGUGAGCACCAUGGGAGUCAAAAUGCUCCUCACCCAAUUUCAGCACUAUGAGAGCAAAAAUGUUCGCCCCCAACCGAGCACCUUGGAGAGUAAGGCCUUGUUUGUAUAGGAAGGUAUUCUUAAAUAUUUUCAGAUAUUUCAU